AUGUCUCCGACUGCGAUUCGAGACGUGAGCAGCCGGUCGAGCGACAAUACGCCCUCUGAUGCCCAGUCGACGGGAUCGCCCGUCUCUACCACGUUAUCAACAGAUCAGUUUCUCAGCGAUGCAGAGUCACAAGGAUCAUUCCCACCGAUUGCCAUCGUUGGGAUAGGUCUGCGGCUACCUGGAGGAGUUAACACGACGGAAGCGUUCUGGAGCUCAAUACUCAACAAGCAGUCCUUUCGGAGUGAGGUCCCUCGCAGUCGGUAUAACGUCGACGCAUUCCACAGCACAAGUGGUCGACCCGGAACAGUCAAGAGUCGCCAUGGCUACUUCCUUGAAGACGAUAUCUCGAGCAUGGAUGCAGCAUUCUUCUCCAUGAGCAAGGCCGAGGUCGAGCGACUCGACCCGCAACAACGGCUGCUCUUGGAAGUUGUGUGGGAAUGCAUGGAGAGCGCGGGUCAACGAGACUGGCGUGGCCGCAACAUUGGCUGUUAUGUGGGCGUCUUUGGUGAAGACUGGCUUGAUCUCAACGCCAAAGACCCUCAGCACACCGGCAUGUACCGCAUCACGGGCACAGCCGACUUUGCGCUAGCCAAUCGUGUGUCCUACGAAUUCGACAUGAAAGGCCCCAGUAUGACUAUUGAGACGGGCUGUUCUUCGUCGUUAGUUGGACUGCAUGAGGCGUGUGCCGCCAUACACGCCGGUGCUUGCGAGUCUGCAGUUGUUGCUGGAACGAAUCUUCUCCUGUCGCCUACCAUGACGCUGGCUCUGAGCGAGCAGGGUGUGUUGUCACCAAGCGGCAUGUGCCAGUCCUUCGAUGCGAAAGCAGACGGUUAUGUCCGCGGUGAGGCAGUAAAUGCCGUGUUUGUCAAGAAGCUCGAGGACGCCGUUCGUGACGGCGACCCCAUCCGCGCCAUCAUCAGGGGCACAGCGACGAAUUUUGAUGGCAAGACUGCCGGUAUCUCUAAUCCGAGCUCAGAUAGCCACGAAGCUCUGAUUAGACAGGCGUAUGCGGCAGCCGGGAUAGACGACUUCACAUCUACCGCAUUCGUCGAAUGCCACGGGACAGGCACUCCUACAGGCGACCCGAUAGAGACUACGGCAGUGGGCAGAGUAUUUGGCGAAAAGGGUGUUUACAUCGGCUCGGUCAAACCCAAUGUCGGUCACUCAGAGGGUGCCUCGGGUUUGACCAGCCUGAUCAAGACAGUGCUGGCACUCGAACACUCUACAAUCCCUCCACAAGCCAAUUUCGCAGAUCCUAAUCCCAAAAGCGGAGACGACUUAGACAUCCAGUUCUCUCCAAUUACCAAGGCAAGGCCCGGCAGCUCUACGGUCAAUUUCCUGUUCACUGGACAGGGAGCCCAAUGGGCCGGGAUGGCGUUAGAGCUGCUUCACGAUUUUCCCGAUUUUCUCGCGUCCAUCCGGGCAAUGGACAAAGCCCUGCAGUCCCUCCCGCACCCGCCAAACUGGACAAUGGAGGAAGAGCUCCAGCGCCCGAAGGAGCUGAACAGAAUAAACGAGCCUGAAUUCUCGCAGCCGAUAUGUACUGCACUUCAGGUCGGCCUCGUCAAUCUGUUGUAUACGGUAGGGAUAAGGCCUGCCGCGGUAGUUGGCCAUUCCAGUGGCGAGAUUGCAGCAGCCUACGCCGCCGGUGCCUUGAGCCAGGAUGCAGCCAUUACUGUGGCAUAUUAUCGUGGCCAGGUGACCAAGAAGCAAACAAGAAGAGGGGGUAUGGCUGCUGUGGGACUUGGAAGCGAAGAAGUGGCACAGUUCUUGAAGGCGACAGAGCACACCGCAGGAAUCGUUGGAGUGGCCUGCGUGAACAGCCCGAACAGCGUUACACUAUCUGGAGACGACGAGGCACUCGAUGCUGCAAUCGGUCGCAUCAAAUCCGCCAUGCCAGACUGCUUUGUCAGACGCCUCAAAGUCGACAAAGCGUAUCACUCUCAUCACAUGGAAGAGAUUGGCGACAUCUACGAAAUGCUCAUUGCCCCAUACGUCUCAACCAAGGAACUGAGGAUCCCCCUCUUCUCGAGCGUGACGUCCAAGCGCAUCAUCAGCUCCGAGCAUCUCGGAGCACCAUAUUGGCGAAGCAAUUUAGAACGACCAGUCCUGUUCUCUUCCGCACGCAAGUUUCCGCCUCAUGAACUACUGGGCGUGCGGACGAUGGACGCGGAUGACCUCGAACCAGCGUGGCGGAACAUGCUUCGUCUCGAUGAUGCGGCCUGGAUCCGCGACCAUAAGAUCCACGACGAUGUCGUCUUCCCGGCUGCCGGCUACGUCUCUAUGAUAGGCGAAGCAAUCCGACAAAUCAAUUCAGAUGAUAUCCCAAUUGCGGAUUUUUCUCUCAAGCAGGUCGACAUCAGGACAGCCCUGGUACUACGAGAAGACGAGACAAAGGAAUUGGUGACGCGCAUGAGAAAAGUGCGCUUGACAACCUCACUCGAGUCAAGCGCUUGGUUCGAAUUCUGCAUCUCUUCCUUCAACGGCGAAACAUGGGUGAAGCAUUGUACAGGCCAAGCUCGCGCCAGCUCUGACGCUGUGAUUCAAGGGGAGCCAGAACUGGGAGAAGACCAUCCCCGACCGGUGUCAUCUCCUGCGGCCUGGUAUAGAACCAUGAAAGCAGUCGGCCUAAACUAUGGCCCGCAGUUCCAGGGUCUGACCAACAUUUCUGCCGCAUCAGCCACGAUGACCAAGGACGAAGACCGAAAAGCUGCCGCUACGAUCCGUGAUCGAAGCCAUGACGAGCAGGACAGGAUGGCGGAGACCAAGUAUCAGAUCCACCCGACCACAAUCGAUUACUGUCUGCAAACAUUUAUGGUGGCUGUUGCCUCUGGUUUGUCGCGAGAGCUCAACAACCUUCGCAUGCCGACGUACAUUGAUCAGCUCUAUAUCCGUCGUGGUGCCACAAGUAUGCGCGUCGGCGUCUCCGUUGGCACCAGCCAGGGUGGGCUUGUUCGGGGCACCGCCACGGCCGUUUCAGACGGUCAGGUAGUCCUCUGGAUGCGCGGUGUAGAAUUGAGCUCCCUUGGCGACACCAAUACGCCUACAGAAGGCGGUUCAAGUCCCGACGAUGGUGUUGCGGCUGCCCAGCUGGUCUGGAAGCCGGACCUGGACUUCGCCGACCCCAGUACACUGAUCGAGUCGCACGGGCGCGUCCGGGACGCAUGCGUGAAGGUAGAGCGACUGUCCCUUUUAUGCUCCCUCGAGACCCUCCGCAGAGUACGGGACCUACCGGUCGGGACUUCCCUGAGCCACCUGGAGAAAUUUCGCACCUGGUUAGUGGCUCAGCGACAGCGAGCUGUCGACGGCACAUAUGACCAUGUCCCAGACGCACCGACACUUGCAUCCUUGGGCCCGGAGCACCUUGGCGCCGAAAUGCUAGCGGCGCAGGUGGCCGUAGAUGGGACCUCCGGUUCUGAGGUCGGCAAAGUCAUGGUCCGCUCGGUCGAGUUUGCCGAGGCAAUCUUCAGAGGCGAGAUCGACUCCAUCGAGGUCCUGAUCCAACAGUCCGGCCUAGAGAAUGUCUACAUUUACAUGCAGAGCUUGUGCGAGUAUGAGAGAUACUUCGAGCUUCUAGGGCAUUCGAAUCCGUGUCUGCGUAUCCUUGAGAUUGGUGCAGGAACAGGUGGCACCACCGAGGGUGUCCUCAAGGGCUUGACGCGACCUGACAGCAAUGGACAGCCGCUUCGCCGUUACUCACAAUACGACUACACGGAUGUGUCAGUCGGUUUCUUUGGCAAUGCGCAGCAGAGGUUCAAGGACUAUGAGAACAUCCAAUAUCGUGUCCUGGAUAUCACCCGUGAGCCCGAGGCCCAGGGCUUCGAAGAGGGAUCAUAUGACCUCGUGCUGGCCUCAAAUGUCCUUCAUGCGACGCCUAGCCUCCAAGAAACGCUUUCCAAUGUUCGCCGAUUGCUCAAACCAGGUGGUAAGCUUUUCCUUCAGGAGCUCAGUCCUGUGUAUCGAGCGAUCAAUUACAUCAUGGGUUUCCUGCCGGGCUGGUGGCUUGGAGAUAUGGACGGGCGCCCAACUGAGCCGUACGUAGUACCAUCACGAUGGGACUCUGAACUGCGAAAAACUGGGUUCUCAGGAGUGGACUCGGCCAUCUUCGACGAUGAGGCGCCAUAUCAUCUGAAUGCCAACAUCAUCGCGACGGCAGUUUUGGAGUCGCCAUCACAAGGUACCGCACCAAAUGGACAUGUUAGCAUCCUUUGCACUACUAGAGACAGCUCCAUCGCCACGCAGCUACACAACACCCUCGCGGACCAAGGCCAUGAUGUCACUUUCACAUCGCUCAAUGAUGGACCCCCGGAGAAUGGUUGCAUCAUUUCACUGCUGGAUCUUGAAGAGCCCUUCUUCUACCGCAUGACGUCCGAGAAGCUGAGCAAACUUCAGUCGUAUCUCGGUGGCAUUGCCCCUUCAUCGGCGCUCUUGUGGGUAACCGGACUAGGGCAAGUGGGAUGCAAAGAUCCCGUGUAUGCGUCCACGCUGGGAGCGGCGAGGACCAUCCGCUCAGAGCUCGCCAUCGACUUCGCGACAUUGGAGCUGGAUCUGAGCCGAUUGCCACUUCGACUCUAUGUUGACACGAUUAUUGGCGUGUGUGGGAAGAUCGAGCGAACUUGCCACCUCAAAGGCUCCGGCGAGCUUGACCCGGACUGGGAGUUUGCAUCGGUCGACGGUGAGGUGCUGAUCCCUCGAUACAAUUGGAUUGGCAUCGACCAAGAUGUGCAAUACAUCCCAGGUGGCAGCGAAGCCCCGGCAGACACUUCGGGCGAUGAAGAAGCUCUUCAACUCAGCGUUGGUCGCCCGGGUCAGCUCCAAAGCCUGACGUGGGUUGCUGGUGAGGCAUUACCACCACUGGGCCCGGACCAGAUCGAAAUCGAGCCACGCGCAGUCGGCUUGAACUUCAAGGACGUCCUUGUAGCCAUGGGCAUUGUGCAAGGACUAAAGCCUGGUCUGGGCCUGGAAUGUGCGGGCAUCAUUCGUCGCGUCGGCUCUGAGGUGCAGGACCUGAAGGUUGGAGAUCGCGUGGUAGCUUUCGAUCACGGCUUCUUCGCGAGCCGAACUAUUACAUCGUCAAAGCUCGCGGCCAAAAUCCCAGAUGCCCUCACUUUUGAGGAGGCCGCCACCAUGCCUUGCGUUUACUCUACCGCCAUGCACGCCUUGGUUCAAGUCGGUGGUCUGCAAUCGGGCCAGUCUGUACUGAUACAUUCCGCAUGUGGCGGCGUGGGAAUUGCCGCGAUUAACAUCUGCAGAAUGAAAGGCGCCGAGAUCUUCGCUACGGUUGGCAACCCCGAAAAGGCGUACUUCCUGAUGAAAGAGUUCGGCAUCAGGCAGGAUCAUAUCUUCCAUUCUCGCGACGGUUCCUUCUACACGGAUCUUAUGGAGGUCACCCAGGGUCGCGGUGUCGACCUGGUCCUGAACUCACUCUCUGGCGAGCUUCUCCAUACGUCGUGGAAAUGCGUCGCCGAGUUCGGCAAGAUGCUUGAGAUUGGCAAGCGUGACUUUGUCGGCCGUGGCCAGCUGGCGAUGGACACGUUUGAAGCCAAUAGGAUGUUUGUGGGUGUCGACAUGAGCCAAAUGGCCAUUGGAAGACCAGACAUGUUCAAAAGGGUUCUCGGAGACUGCAUGCGCUGCUUUUCUCAGGGACUGAUUGAUCCUAUCCGCCCCAUCAAGAGCUUCCCAGCGUCCCAAGUCGUGGAUGCUUUCCGUUACAUGCAGAAAGGCCAACACAUUGGCAAGAUCGUCGUCACUAUGCCCGGGGAAGGCCACGCCUCGUCUGCCUCCAAUUUAGAGAUUGUCCGCCGCGCGAAGUCGGCUCACUUCAGGCCAGAUGCAUCCUAUCUCCUGGUGGGCGGCCUGGGAGGUCUUGGCCGGGCUGUCUCUACGUGGAUGAUCGAGAACGGCGCCCGCAGCCUCGUGUACUUGUCGCGCUCUGGUGGCGAAUCCCUGCAGGACAAGGCGUUCGUCAGAGAGCUGUCCGCUCAAGGUUGUACAGCACAAGUCUUCAAGGGAGAUGCGGCCUGUCAACAAGACGUGGAGAAGGCCAUUCGCGACGCCGACCGGCCCAUCGCCGGCGUUCUGCUGAUGUCAAUGGUCCUGCAGGAUCGGGCUUUCCUCAAGCUGACGCUAAAUGAUUGGCAUGCAGCUGUUGCUCCAAAGGUUAACGCUGCUUGGGCGGUACACAACGCCCUUGAGAGCACCCAAACCAAUCUCGACUUCAUGGUCCUCUUCAGCUCCUUGUCUGCCGUGAUGGGACAGAUAGGCCAAGCGAAUUACGCCUCAGGAAACACAUUUCUCGCUGCGUUUGCGCAAUACCGACACGCUCUAAGCUUGCCCGCUUCGGUGCUGGACAUUGGUGUUAUGGAAGACGUGGGCUAUGUCUCCGAAAACCAAGGAAUCCUCGAGCAAUUCCGCAGUCUCGGCUACUACACGCUGAAGGAGCAAGGGCUUUUAGACGCUCUCACUUUCAGCAUCAAGAAUCAAGAACCCCGGACUGUGGACACCUCACAGCUACUCAACUCAGCAGAGAUUGUCAUCGGCUUGCGGAGCUUACAGCCGGUUUCCGACCCGACGACGCGAGUCCUGUGGAAGCGAGACAGGCGAAUGGCGCUUGCGCAUCUCAAACGUGCAAGCUCAUCUGCAGGAGACACAGCGACAGCGGCAUCAGGCAGCCAGGAUCUUGCAGUGUUCGUCAGCAAGGUGGCAGAUCAGCCUCAUCUCAUCGAGCAAGAAGAGACUCAGGAGUUCCUGACAAAGCAGAUCGGCGCGCGUCUUUAUGCCUUCAUGUUCCAACCUGAGGAGGAUCUCGACGUGAAUCUGAGCUUGACUGCUCUGGGUAUUGACUCGCUUGUGGCAAUUGAGAUUCGAAACUGGUGGCGCCAGACGUUUGGACUGGAGCUGUCGGUCCUAGAGAUCAUGAGUGCUUCCAGCAUCAAGGCUCUAGGCAAACUGGCCAUAGAUGGCCUGAGAAAGGAACAUCGCCGUGACACUGGGAGUUGA